GUUCGAUCUUGGAAAGGCAGCAGUGAGCACAGCACAAGUGACCAUGGCCGUGACGCGCGUGGCGACAGCCGUCCUCUUUGCUCUCGCUGCUGCACAAAGCCAGUCGUACCUCUCAGUACUCCAACACCCGGAACUUGGGCUCAUCGAGCUCGCGCCGGCGCAGCAACACACGCCGUUGGACGCCUCGUUGCAGCACCUGCGCCCGCCCCCGCCGUAUGUGCCGCCAUCGCCGCACCUCUUUGUGGGACUCUCGGUCUUUCGAGACGGUGAUCGCUGUGGGUAUACGAUCUUUACGGGCUUUUUACGUGCGAGUUGCCCCGAGCUCCUCCGGUUUGGCGUGAUCGAUCAGGUCGCGACCGACGACGUCACGUGCAUCGACGCUUAUUGCAAGCUCGCAAGGGAUCAGUGGCCAAGCCACGCGUGCAUGUACAAGGACCACAUCACGGUCGAGAGCCGACCGGCUGAGGCGUCUCGCGGUCCCACGUACGCGCGCCACUUGCAGCAGCAGCUCAUCCACGACGACGACGACUUUUGCCUGCAGUUGGACGGCCACAGCGUCUUUACAAACGACUGGGACGCUGCGUUUCUGAGCGAGUGGGAACGUGCGGACAACGAAAUGGCCGUUCUCACCACGUACCUCCACGACCUCCACAGCUACGUGGGGGGCGACGGGAAGAACUGGCCGCCGAGUCAGCUCCCGCAUUUGUGCACGACGACGCGCGGUGGCAGCGGCUGCGUGCGCAACGUAGGCGCGAGCAUGCUCCACCACCCGCAACGACCGCAGAUGACGGCUCUCUUUGGCGCCGGCCUCUCGUUCAGCAAGUGCCAUGCCGAGCGACGCGUGCUCGUGGACCCACACACGCCGUGGCUCUUUGACGGCGAAGAAUUCCUCCGCGCGUCGCACCUCUGGACGCACGGCUACGACUUGUACUCGCCGAGCAUCAGCGUCAUCUACCACAACUACAGCAGCGUGCCCAACCGGUUCUUUGCGCUGCCCGUGGACGCCGCCCUCCGCGAGCGUGAGACGGCGAUGGGGCGCAACCGGUACAAUCUCGUUUUGGGUCUCCCCGUGGACGGCCCCGUGAGUGCGGCGGACCUCGACCGCUACGGGUUUGGCUCUGCGCGAACUCUGCAAGCGUACUUGGCGUUUGCAGGCAUCAACCUAGAAACCAAAAACGAUGUGCACUCGUGCAAGCAGCUGCACUGGCAGCCGUAUACGGACGCGCGCGAUGUCGAAGCCCUCGUCGGACGCGGCUGGACCUUGGCACCAGCGGCGAGUGUGCAAGCCAUGCAAGACGACGUGGAACCGGUUCUAGUCCUCUCGGAGCUCAAUGCCAUUGAAGAACGAGCGUCCUUGGUGGCCGAACCAGGUACAGUAGCACUCGAGCCAUCGCCACCGCCUGCUGCCGUGCAACGCGAUCACGACGUCCGACCGCCCCAUGCCUUGGCGUCGGCCAAGCAGCUGAUCGUGCGCGUCCCGUACCAGCUCCACGUCAUGAUUGCAGUCGUCGCGAUGCUCGGCGCCGUGAUUGCGUUUGCAGCGCACGCCAACCGCAAGCACAAGCGUCGUCUUCGCAAGAACAUGAUGACCAAGUAAUGCCAUGUCCGUUUGCAUUCUA